AUGAGGAUCGCGUUCGAGAACUACGUUCAUACGACGGCAAGGAAUGGGGAGACGAUCAAGUUGCAGGCCAGACCAUACGGUCGAACCGAAACCAACCAGCAUACCUACGUUGCCAGUGAGCUAAACGUCAGCAAGUACCGCAACGAAGGGAGGAAUGCAGAAGAGUGCGAAGCAAUCAUGGGCCAACUGACGGAUGUCGACUACUGGCAUCCCUUGAAUCGUUGUCUGGAGGCCAUCGACAGUGUUGCCAAGGUGAACUUGGGCGGGGAACAGAACGUGACUGCGAUGAUCCGAAUAACGAAGGCCGAUGAAGUUACAGUUGACUCGGAAGCGCUGAGCAAUUACGCGACGCUGUGUCCGGGCGAUGUCAGAUACGUUGCGUUGGUGCCGGAUAAAGAAACGAGUGACAAGUUUCAACUUAGUCCAGCCAAUCCUCCGACCCAAGUGCCGUUGUAUGUUGCAUACAUCGCAACCGGGAUGCCGCAAAUUGGAUCUCAAGCAGCUAGAGCUGUACCUGUACGUAUUCGCGUCAACUUUCGCUAA